AUGUCCCGCAACAGCACCACCGUCACUGUCUCCGAGUUUAUUGGAUUUCUUUUCAAGACUCAGAUGACAGACGUACUUGGCAAUGACCGACAAGCCGGCCAAGAUGGUGUACAGCUCAAGACGUUCCGCUCAUCGAUGACGCCCGUUUAUGACGGCUACGACGAUACAGAGUACUGGGGAUCUCCUGUUCAAUCUCCUACAUCGACCUUGAACCGCUCACGCUUUUCCAACGAAGGCGCCACUUCGUUCCAGCACCCAACCGCGCAAGGAAACGAGUGGAGAACCCCAAUUUCACACUCUAGACACUCUUCUACGUCGUCUACUUCUUCUAGCCGCUCAACUCGCUCCUAUUGGAGUCAAUAA